GUAAAAUUUGUUGGAAAAAUUGGGGCGCGCAUAAUAAUAAUACCGGUGCUCGGAGCAACCCCAAUACGGGUCCGAUAGCCCAAAUCAUAAUCGCUGCUCUCAUUAAACCCUAUUGCAAUUCUCUGUAUCAUAUUUCCAUAGUCUCUGUCGCCAAGUAAUUUAUGCGACAAAGUAGAGUCAAGAUGAGCAAAGGCAGCGCAGGCGUCGUCAAGGGAGGGAAGAAGAAGGGUGCAAGCUUCGUGAUCGACUGCUCCAAGCCAGUCGAAGAUAAGAUCAUGGACAUCGCCUCACUCGAGAAGUUCCUCCAGGAGCGCAUCAAGGUCGGCGGCAAGGCCGGAGCCCUCGGCGACUCUGUCACCGUCACUCGUGAGAAGACAAAGAUCACCGUCACAUGUGAUACCAAUUUUUCCAAGAGGUAUUUGAAAUACUUGACAAAGAAGUACCUAAAGAAGAACAAUGUGCGUGACUGGCUCCGUGUCAUUUCUUCAAACAAGGAUAAGAAUGUCUAUGAGUUGAGGUAUUUCAACAUCGCCGAGAAUGAAGCUGAAGAUGAAGAUUAAGUGUGCUAAUCCCUACUUUCUUCCAUACCUUUUGGAUUUUGAACCUUGUACUUUUGAACACUUUAAUAUUGUUAUUGUAGUACUUGUUUUUAAACAUCUUCCAUUCUCUGAAUUAGGUAUUUAACAUUUUUGUUGUUCUUGAUUCAUGAUUUUUACUUUUCACUUAUGAUGCAAUAUUUAAAAGGGAGAAGGCCCAAAUAGGACAUUAAGGUUAAUUACAAAGCUCA